UCUUUCUCUCCCUCUCCCUGCCACGCUCCCACGCUUAGGGAACAAGGCUCAACCAGUGGUGGUGGGAGAAGCGGGACUGGAGUGUUUAGUGCUGUCGUCACUGCUCUUGAUUGUUUGACCCUGGGAGAAAGUUCUGCCACAGGGGGAGAUAUGUGUCUGAAACCGAGGGACUGGAACAGACAGAAUAGGAGAGGGAUACCGCGAGCGUGAGAGCCUCGGCUCAGGCUUUGACCAUUCAGCUACCGGACGCCAUUGUGGCUGAGAGACUGGAGGCUCAGGAGGCUAGAGGAAGAUGUUGACCCCAUGGGGGUUGUUCCUCUGCCAGCUGGCAAUAAUCACAUCCUACCAUGUCAUCAAAGCCAGCCUCUGCCUGGGUGGGUCGGACAUCUUUGCAACGGUGAGCGAGAACAGCCCCGUAGGAGAGUUCAUAGCGAACCUCAGCAUCAUCGGGGACCCUACAGGAGUCAAUAGCAUCCGCUUGUGCCUCACCGGAGAGAACGCCAAUUGGUUCUACCUUGAAGGGAGAACCAUCAGGCUAAACUCAUCCGUUUUAAGAGUCCUGGAUCGAGAGCGCCAUGGAUCUGUUUUGAUGGCAGCAUUAACAUGUUAUGAAGAUGACAUAAUACAGAGUGAAUACAGGGUCAUAGUUGAGAUCCUGAAUGAAAACGACAACAAACCAAGGUUCUUUGAGAAGACUAUACAACCACGUUACAUAAGUGAGCUCACUGCAGUCAACUCUGUAGUCUUCACCGUCAAGGCCAUCGAUGCUGAUGGAGACAGCAUCACCUACAUCAUCGACAGAGCCUUGCCUGAUGCCAGCUACUUCAGGAUAGACCUACCCAACAGUGGUAAAGUGAUCCUGGACAAGCCAUUGGACUAUGAGACCAAAACCCAGCUGCAGCUAGUCAUCUACGCUGUGGAAACCAACACCAAGGAGUGGUACAACACUUCCGCCUCUCUGACUGUGAACGUGAAGGACGGGGACGACCAGUACCCUCAGUUCCUACCGUGCACACCUAUCUCCCAGGACAACAACCACACGAUUGUCUGCACCAAUCCCAUCUACGCAGUCAACAUCACAGAAAAGGACCAGGACAUGUUACUGCAUUUCUCUCCUGGUCCAAUUCAUGCCGAAGAUGGAGACAGAAGCCUUGAUACGCCUUUGCUCUACUCCAUUCUCUCAGGUGCUGACAAAAACAGGUUUCAGAUUGACAACCAAACAGCAGAGAUCACAUUGACUAGACGGGUGGAAAACAGACACCUGACACCUAUAUUCCGACUACGCAUCAUGGCAUCUCAGCUGAAUGACCCAAAGAAGUACAGUGUGGCGACAGCGCUGGUCCGGGUGCUAGCAGAGAACCGGUUCCCUCCCCUCUUUAACAGAACCACGUACAAGGGCUUCAUCGUCGAGAGCUCCAGUCCGGCCACGCUAGUCUCCACCUAUGGGAACGAGGUGCUUCUCAUCCAAGCCAUAGACCAGGACUUCGUAGAUGGGGUGAAUCCAAAAAUGCAUUACUCUCUCCCGCCCACAUCAGCCACAACUGCACUGUACCACAUCACCCAGGAAGGGGUUAUCAUCGCUAAGACCGACCACCUACGACCCUUUGAGAGGCACAUCCUAGAGGUGGUCGCUAUGGAUGAGGAAUCAGGUGAGGUUGCUAAAGCCUCAGUCGACAUAGAGCUGCUACAAAGAGGCCAGCCAGUUCCACGGACACCUUUUGGAGAAGAGCGGUUGUUCAGAGACAUGGAUGUGAGGAUGGCUGGCGGUAUCAUGGGUGGGAUGCUGCUGCUGUUAGUGACCACCCUGUUCCUGCUGAUCCGAUGGGCCAAGAGGAGACGGAGACGGGACCCGGCCAGACGAGGGGCUGUCGCCCUGGGGAAGCACCCCAAUGUGGAUUUGCAUGAGCCCUGUCAUCCUCUCCAGGCUCCUUAGAGAGGGAGAACACACAUCUCUCACACCACUCUGGACAUCAAUCACACAUCCACAGACUGAACUGCUUUUAAUUGUGAUUCAUUUUCAGUUAUUAUGUCUGUAUGACAUGUACUGUAUAUACUGUAGUACUAUCUCUUUAGAAGCACUGUUGCCUUUAGAGAUGUGUCCCUUUUAUAGAGGUUAAGGGGUGGAACAGACAUUAGUACUGCAAGACAUUAGACAUUAGCAAUGUAAGUACAAUUGGUUCGUCUCGCUCGCUGCUGUGUUGCCAUCGAUUGUCUUGCCCCGGGGGGCCCUUCAUAGUGUCCAGUUUCAGGAGAAGAUGCUGGAGUUUGUCCUUUUUCAGAGAGAGAUCUAUCAGAGAAAAUAAAAAUAAUACAUUAACUUUAGCUAAAUGCAAACCAAACAUUAACUAGGCCUACAUUUUGAAUAAUUUUGCAUCCUAGACAGUGAAAGGCCAAUUUCUUAGGGUCAUGCUCUGAUUACUACCUCAUGCUGUGAAAAACAUGAUUCAGGUACAUUACUAUCAACAAAUCCACCCAGUAUAUUUCCCCUUUGCCCUGUCAAAGACCUCUGACAUUUCCCUCUGACCACUGACCUUUGACAUGGCGUUCCUUCUGGGCCCUGAGAUGGGAACCGGCCUGCUGUUUGAGAUGGAGAAGGUACUCAUGGCUGCUGGAGGGAUUGUUGUAACUGGAGGGUCCUACAUCAUUAUCUUCAUCAUUCACUUUGGUGCUACAGCCCUCUAUGAAAACACAAAGCUUUCUACUCAAGUGAUGUUUUGUCUUGCCUCAGGAAAGUCCUAGUUAGUGGUUUUUGAUUGAACAGGGCCCUCAGUCAAGAGAUACACUUCAAUGCAAUCUAGUGUUUGGAAUAUAAGGAGUGUCUCAUCAUGAUCAAUGGACAGGAAGUUAUCAUCGAUGACCUCAUAAUUCUCUGCCAUUUGGCUUUUGCUGUGAUUGGUGGAGGUGACAUUUACAGGUGUGCUUGGACCUUUACUUGAGAGAUCUAAAACCUGCCCUGAGACAGAGGCAAUACCCAAAGGUAAUCACCUGCUUUUGACAGUUGUUAGGCCUAAAUUAACAUUAUGUAAUCCAUUCAAUCAUCACUCGCCUGCAGUAUUUUUUGUUCCUAUCAUUUGUUAUACAAAUUCAGUGCUCUCUUUUACCAGGGUUGAGAUUGUUCUCCAUAGGCUGUGAUGGUGGGAUAACAUGCCCUGACACCAGCCCUUUCUCCACGUACUGAGGAACAUUGCUGAUCACCCUCUCGGUGGAACAUCUGCAAAAACACAUUAAACCAUAGUGUUGCGCUCAUAAGCCAGUUAUCCAAUUAGUGGCAGAAGAAAAACAACAGAUAAAAUACAAAGCAAGUUAAGCCAUGGCUGUGAUGUUGGGUGUUGGCUGUAAUAGAAGGCUAUAAACUACAAAACAAAUAAACAGUUGGCUGUGAUUUAGUAUUCUACUGUAGUCGGCAUGUAUAUUGUGCCAGUAACUGCAAUGCAGGUACACUCAGCAAAUACACUAAUUUUGCAUCUACACUGCCUCCACAAUUUCUUUCAAACAUUCAGCAGGGGGUCUACUACCUUGAAGAAUUCAAAGAGUUCUACUCGGAGGCAGACACAAGGUCCUCUCUCCCUGUUUUGAUCCAGUGCCCAUGAAAUUAUGCCUAGAUAUGGGGAAUGUGUUAGAGAAAAAAAUUAAAACAGUAUGCUGGUGAAGUCAAUGGAUCACAUUUUAAUUAUUUUACUCACCAUAGUGAAAAUUAGGUCAACUCUAGUGCACUAUGGUAUCACAGACUUGCAUACAAUUCAUUUACUGAUGUUUAGAGAACAGAAAGAACCCAUGCAGGUUAUUCCACAUAUCCCUUCCAAAAUGAAUGUUUCCUGCUAUAAUUAUGUGUAUGGAACCACUUGUUGAAGUGGACGGAUGAAUAAUGACUACAAUACCACCUAUCAACUAAAUCAGCAACCAUUACCAUUCUCCUAGCAGCAGGAUAGUAAUGGAAGCACUAUCCUGCCACUAAAGUGUCAAUACUAUCUCAAAAUGUCUACUUAUUAUAAACAUUUUUAGAUACCUAAGUAAACAUUUCUAGAUAAUAUCUAAACAUUUAUAGAU